AUGACGAACAUUGGUCUCAUGAGUUACUAUCUUGGGAUCGAGGUCAAACAAGGUGAAGAUGACAUUUUUAUAUCCCAAGAGGGCUAUGCUAAAAAAGUGCUCAAGAAGUUCAAUAUGAAUGACGCUAAUCCAGUUGGAACACCGAUGGAAUGUGGAGUCAAAAUCAACAAGCAAGAUGGAGGCGAGAAGUUAAAUUCUACAUAUUUCAAAAGUUUGGUUGCAAGUUUGAGAUACUUGACAUGUACAAGACCGGAUAUUCUUUAUUCGGUUGGAACUCUUAAUCGAUUUAUGGAGGAACCGACAGUAACACAUUGCAAAAUGGCAAAAAGGAUACUUCGCUACAUCAAAGGGAUGAUUGGGUAUGGUCUUUCCUAUGUCUCUUCUAGCAAUUUUGAUAUUGUUGGUUAUUGUGAUAGUGAUUGGAGUAGUGAUUUGGAUAAUCUAAAGAGCACUACGGGGUUUGUGUUUUUUAUUGGUGAAACGACGUUCACAUGGAUGUCAAAAAUGCAACCCAUAGUCACAUUAUCAACAUGCGAGGUAGAGUGCAUCGCAGCAACUUCAUGUGUAUGUCAUGCAAUUUGGCUAAGAAACUUAGUGAAGGAGUUGAAGUUUCAAAUGGAAGAUCCAAUGGAGAUUUUUGUUGACAACAAAUCGGCCAUUGCUUUAGCCAAAAAUCCGGUAUUUCAUGGGAGGAGCAAGCACAUUGAUAAUUGA